GCUUAUCGGCUUUUCACUUCAAUUGUUUAUUUUGCAAUCUUUGCACAUUAUAAAAUCGAACAAUGACAGCAUCUGCCUUUUCCAGCCAGGAUACGGCAGCACUGGAGCGCCAGACAGAUUCACCAACGGAAGCGCCGGUAACAUUUGAACAAAUCUGGAACGAAACGCACAAAAAAGUUAGCCUUGGCUGGAUAAGACAAAAUGGUUACAAGCGGAUCUGCCUGCAAUUCCCAGACGACUAUUUGCCACACAGCAAUGCGAUCAGCACUUGCCUGCAGACAGCGCUAGCAUCAGAGGACUGCAAAAUAUUCAUUCUGGCUGACACCACGUAUGGCAGCUGUUGCGUGGACGAAAUCGCCGCGGCUCACGUGGAGGCAGAUAGCAUUAUUCAUUUUGGCAAUGCAUGCCGCAGCAAGGCCAGCCGUUUGCCAGUACUCUAUUUGUACCCAGUGCUGCCGUUGGAGCUGUCUACGGUGCUGCAACAGCUGGCCACUCUGCAGCCAGAGUGCGCUGAGCGAGAGGUUUGCGUUUAUCUAGACAUUGGCUAUCAACAUAUCUAUGAGCAUCAGCUAGCUGAGGGCGAGGACACGCUCCAUAGCCAGAUGCGUGAAGUGCUGGGCCCCAAGAAGUUGUUUAUCGAGGUGUAUCCACCACCCGCUGAGGACUGCAUGGAGAACAAGGAACAAGCUGAGACAGAGACUGCAUCGACGGCAGAGCGUAUUUGCAUCUUUAUCGGUGCAGAUAAUCAGCGCUUUGCUAAUUUGUCACUGACCACCACAGCGUACCAGUGGCACAUUCUCGACGGUGCCAGCGGCACGUUAACUGCCAAAAAUCCGCUGACAGCACAAUAUAUACGAAGACGCUAUUACUACAUAGAGAAAUGCAAGGAUGCACAGACUCUAGGCCUGAUUGUGGCCACAUUGAGCGCUGUUGGCUAUUUAGAUGUUGUGUCACGUUUGCAGGAAAUGGCCAAGAGUCGUGGCAUUAAAACACAACUCAUUUCCGUUGGCCGCAUUAAUCCUGCCAAGCUGGCAAACUUUCUGGAGAUCGACUGCUUUGUGCUCAUCGGCUGUCCCUUCAACAAUAUGUAUAAUUCCAAGGAGUACUAUAAGCCCAUUGUGUCGGUGUUUGAGGCCGAAAUGGCGUUGAAUCCAGCCUGGCACAUGAAAUUCCCGGAAGCUUAUGUCACGGAUUUCAAGCAGCUGCUCCCGAAGGGACGCAGCUUCUUGGCCUUUGAUGCAGAAGCCGUACAGCCACAGGACGUGAGCCUGGUCAGCGGCCGCAUGAGGGGAGGCACUGCCAGCGAAGAGGCCGUCGAUUCAAACACAACGGUGGCUACCCAAGCUAAAAUGGCACUGAUGACUAGCGACUCGGGCCUCACGUUCGAGGACCGUACUUGGCAAGGCUUGGACCCGGCACUGGGUCAAACCGAGCCGGCUAAACUGCAGAAGGGUCUUAGUGGAAUACCCAUUAAUUACUCGCACGAUUAGAUAAUAGACUAUGGAUGUAUCAUAAUCAAUGAAUAUCAAUAAAAUACAACGAACAAAUAU